AUGUGUAUAUGCAUGUAUGCCUGUAUACGGGUCUGUACAUACAAGGAAGGAACAAAAAAAAAAGCAUCAGCACAACCUGCAGUUAUGUUUUACACGGGCUGCAGCUACCGAGGGGAGCGAACCUCUGAUGACCGCCGGUUCGAUGGGCAGGGGAUUUUCACCUUCGCCAACGGCGACACGUACGUCGGAGCCCACAGGGAUGGCUGCAUGCACGGGCAUGGAACCCUCUUUUUCGCCAAGGAGCGUGGGGGCGGUCAUUAUGUUGGUGUGUGGGAAAACGGUCGCAAUGUGUCUGGUGCAUUUGUAUUUUCAGAUGGUCUGGUUUACGGCAGCGGCGAACAGACGAAGAUUCCUGACCCCUCUGCUGGUGGGCCCUUGACACCUGAAGUGAGCGAGACUGGAACUAUUUUAGCAGCUCAGCAGUCUGGUAAUACAGGAGAAUCUGAUAAACAGAUAACUAACGCAUCUGUAUCUGGGGAAGGGGAGGAAGUAGAGGCCCCACCUGUUGACACUAGCAGCAACAGCACACUCGCCCGUAACUGGCUGUAUUGCCGUAAAGGCGAUAGACGACUGUGGGCAGAGCACCUGCGUGAGGUGAUGCCUGUCCUCCCGCUGCAGGCACUGCUAGGUGGCGAGAGGGCGCCACAGUCUAGGAAGUGGGCCAAAUCACUCGUCGUUGCGCCAUGUGUUGCUGCGGAAGCGAAAACUCCGGCAACCUUCGCACAAGGCCAACCGCGCUGCCUUUCGGACGUCCCCGAGGAGUUCUGGAGCGAUGAAGAGCAGCGGAAGAGUGUUGUCUCCCGCAUGGAGCUUCAGGCGUCACCUUUCAUCGGUGCGCAGGGUGGUGCAGGUCGGGAAGAGACUAUGAUUGAUGGUGAACGGCUGGCGACGAACCUGACGCUCAGGAUCAUAAAACCACUCGAGUCUGAGGCGAUGCGUCGAGCGAUUGAGGCAGCGGCUUUGGCGUCGACGGCCGCUAGGGUCAAGAGUGAUACGUUCAUGUCGCCGCGUAGUCGCUCCUCGAGUGAGAAGAGCUCUCACUGUCUUAAUAUUGUAGAGGAUUCUCUGUAG